AAAUAUUACGAAAAUUUACGCACGUUACGUUAACUGGAACUAAUUAAAACUGAAAUUCGAAACUCAAUAUGAUAAAAUUUUCACUUUGUCGGUGCUUACUCAAAGUUCGAGUGGGCCAACUUGCUCAGCAGUCUAUGUGUAGUACAAAAGCUUUUAUCAAAAAACCCGAUAUAAAACCUAAGGACGAACCCGAAAUAGUAAAGGAUGAAUCUAUCAAGUACUUUGGCAGUUCGGCAGCAAGUUGGAAGGCUGAGAAUACCCGGAGUGGUUUGGUAAAUGACGAUUCACCAUGGUACCAACCUUAUGUCGUAUUAGCCAGUGUAGCAGUGUUUUUAAUUUAUUUUUGUAUUUUACGUGAAGAAAACGAUAUAGAUCGAGAUUUGGAGCGGUCUUUGUAUGACCGUAUGCCUUGGUUAGAACAUAAACAAUUAAUUCUGAGCUAUCAUCUUAAUAAGGAAAAUGGUUUAAGCACAAUAGAUAUUGAGCAAAGGAUGAAAGAGCUGGGUAUAGAAAUAAAAUAGUUCUUUUUGCUGUUACUGCAGUA